AUGAAACAAGUGUUGGGAAAUGUGUUGCGAUUGAGAAACUGGUGCCAAAGUGAGCGCCGUCUGGACGGACACGUUGUGGUGAUUACGGGCGCCAAUCAGGGCAUCGGUAAAGAGACCGCUUACCACCUCUCACUUCGGGGCGCAAAGAUAAUCAUUGGAUGUCGCGAUGAGAAGAGAGCCGAGAAUGCGAUCAAAGAUAUAAAGCAAAGGAACCCAAAGGCAGACAUAUAUUCACUUCCGUUAGACUUGUCUUCACUUCAAUCCGUCCGUCAAUUCGUGACCGAAAUCACGAAACGGGAGACAAAA